ACAGCAAAAUGCCCAUUUUGUGAUUCUAAGAAGAAUGGGAUUGCAACAAGUGAUUUGCCGAUUUCAAUUUCGAAUGGAAUUUGGGAUUGCAGGUCUAUACCUUGAAUCGCAUCGUUUCGGUCUCCGACCGAAACCGAACCCAGAAUUGGGUGACCGUAACUUCGGUAGUACUGAUUGUUUGGUCGGCUACGGUCCCCUACCGACGAGAGUCGGUUUCGGCAUCGGUAGAGGCAAAAGUGGAUCGGAGUCAGUAACAUGUGGAAGGAUUCGUAGAGCAGGGAUUCGAUGUUUGGCUGUACGGCGGGUUGGCACCACAUGUGCUGCGUCUGUGGGAAAAGAUCAUCAUUCGUCCAGUGUUGAUGAUCAGGAGCCCUUCCUUUUAAGUCUUUUCAAAGAAACAGUCUGGUCUUUGAGGUCAUUAUUCAUAUUUCUGCAUGAGCAGCCAAGUCAGCUGAAGUACAUUGAGUGGCCAGGUUCCCGUAGCACGCUGAAGACUGCAACUCUUACUCUUGUUCUUGUGGCAUUGCUCAUCGUAGCACUUUCAUCAACUGAUUCUGCCCUCAGCUAUAUGUUGGGUUUAUUUUUGAGGAGAAAACCAUAAUCAAAUACUAAUAGGAGAAGUAUGAGCAAGUUCAUAAUGGAGACGCCACUUUUUUCUGCCUUUGUUAGUUGGAUGCAACAUAAAAAAAUGCUGCCCCCUUUGAACUUUUAAUUAUCUGUUUUUCAAUCACAGACAGUCACAAAUGAUGUAGAGUAUAUUUUUGCAUAUUCUGCACAAAUAGCAUUUGUUCUUGGUUCUUUCACCUAUU